CGUUGCUUGCUUACUCUCUCUCUCUCUCCGGCAGGAAGAUGGUGUCUGUCAGUAUGCGGUCGUGUGUGUUGUCGGUUUUAGUCCUGAACGUUUUCUACGACGUCGUCUCGUCGUUGUACUUUCACAUCGGAGAGACCGAGAAGAAGUGUUUCAUAGAGGAGAUCCCGGACGAGACGAUGAUUAUCGGUAACUAUCGGACUCAGCUGUACGAUAAACAGAGAGAAGAGUACCUGCCGGCCACUCAGGGUCUCGGCAUGUUCGUGGAAGUCAAAGAUCCGGAUGACAAGGUGAUUCUGUCUCGGCAGUACGGCUCGGAGGGAAGGUUCACCUUCACGUCACACACACCUGGAGAGCACCAGAUCUGUCUGCACUCCAACUCCUCCAAGUUCUCGCUGUUCGCCGGAGGCAUGCUGAGGGUUCACCUGGACAUCCAGGUGGGAGAGCACGCCAACAACUACGCCGAGAUCGCCGCCAAGGACAAACUGACGGAGCUGCAGCUGCGCGUGCGCCAGCUGGUGGAGCAGGUGGACCAGAUCCAGAAGGAGCAGAACUACCAGAGGUACCGGGAGGAGCGUUUCCGUCAGACCAGCGAGAGCACCAACCAGCGCGUCCUCUGGUGGUCCAUCGUCCAGACACUCAUCCUGGUCGCCAUCGGCAUCUGGCAGAUGAGACACCUCAAGAGCUUCUUCGAGGCCAAGAAGCUGGUCUAACUUCUCACUGAGCGUGUGUGUGUGUGUGUGUGUGUGUCUGUGUGUGUGUGUGUGUGUGUGUGUGUGUGUGUGUGUGUGUCUGUGGGUGUGUGUG